CCGCUUGAAACCGCCUUCGAGAGAAGAGAGAGAACGCGUUCCGCUCGACGAUGGCGGCCGGGGUUUUGAGGGGCUACCUGAAGGAUGCGUUGGUCAAUAAGGUCGAGCUGAGAUGUGGCGUCGGGCCGAGGCGUUACAGCACGGCUUCGGAAGACUCGUCCAAGAAGGUGAUAAACAUUUCUUCACUGAAUACUCCUGGCCUUUGCAAACUUCAAGGAAGAAAACAACUGGAAGAACUUGUCAAAAAGGUGCAAGCUGCUCGUGAUGAGAUGCAAUGGGCAGAAGAGAGCCCACUGCCCUUGGUUGUGAAAAUUGCUCCCGACUUGUCUAAAGAGGAUAUUGAGGACAUAGCAGCUGUUGCUCUUGCUCUCCAUUUGGAUGGAUUGAUUAUAUCAAAUACAACUAUUUCAAGACCAGAUCCUGUAACUAGUCACCCAUUAGCUGGAAAAUCUGGUGGUUUAAGCGGAAAGCCACUCUUUGAUAUGUCCACUAGCAUUCUCAAGGAGAUGUAUAUUCUCACUCAGGGGAAGAUUCCACUUAUAGGCUGUGGGAGUGUAAGCAAUGGUGAAGAUGCAUACAAGAAGAUUCGAGCUGGAGCAACACUUGUCCAAUUGUAUACAGCUUUUGCUUAUGAUGGACCUUCAUUAAUUCCAGAAAUAAAGUUUUGUCGCGGAGAAAGGCAACAUUUUCAGUCAUUUUUUACUUUGCUGCUCACAACAUAUACUUGUAGUUCUCUUGAGUUUGUUCUAGAUGAUUCUCUUGAGUUUGUUCUAGAUGAUUCUCGGACCUGCUGAAGAAGAUCCGGAUUUGUGGAGCUACACAAGAUUACGAGAAGACUGUUUCUUGAAGGACAGGACAGGACAUGACGGGACAGCCUUCACCUCACCAGUCCAAGGUUGACGAUGCCCCACGACGAGUGGGGCCAUGUCUUCUCCUUCGCCUUGGCCGACAACACCCUCCCCCACGCCACCCAUCCCUCCCAACUCAUCCUCUUGUCCCAGCUGCUCCCCCACUCCAGCAUCAGCCUCAGCCCCUUUCCCGCCGCCGCCUCCGCCUCCUCGUACUUCCCCUGGUUCAUGUACACCUGCCCUAACACCAGAUGCGGCUCCCCCACGAAGGGAUUCCUCCUUAUGCUCUCCCCCAACAGCCCCUCCACCUUCUCCCACCCCGUCUCCCCUUCCU